CUUGGGCAAGAGCCCUUUUCCCUUUUCUCCAGACUCCUCUCAUCCCCUUUGCUGCUCAGCCAUGGAGAAAUUCAUGCACCUCAUCUUCUUGGUGGUCUCCUCAGCAGGCUGUGCAGCAGAGAACAUCACUGUGGUGUAUGGCAUGGAGGGGGGCACCGUUUCUGUCAACUGCAGCUACAAUCCCUGGCAGCAGCUCUGGAGGAAGAAGAGUUGGUGCCGGCAGGUGGGGCAGAGCCAGUGCCAGCACGUGGUGAGUGCCAGGCGCUUGUGGCUGCCCUUCCUGCCGAGCUGGAACGGUACCACCUCCAUCAGCGACGACGUCCACGCCGGGCUCCUGACCGUCACCAUGCGGCAGCUCAGGAAGCAGGACGCUGGCAUCUACCAGUGCCAAACUCACCACCUGGGGGAAGCCCAGAGCCUGGGCAAGGUGCGAGUGGAAGUGUUGCCAGAUGUCCUGGAGACCCAAAUGCCAGAGGAGCCUCAAGCUGUGCAGAGCAUCUCCAGCCUCCCUCCAGCAGCUGACUUCACUGCCUUCUACAUCCUUGCUGGAUUCCUGCUCUCCAAGUUCGUGGUGGCUCUGCUGACCUUUGCCAUCAUCACCAGCAGGAUGCAGAGAGGAACAGAGCAGCAGGGGCCAGGCUUGCAGAGCCUCCCUCUCACUGCUGCCCCUGCAGCCAGUGGAUUCAGCCCCUCCUGGGGCAGCAGUGCUGUGGUGGGUUUAAGAGCUGGGAUGUCUUAACCAGGGAGUAGUCCUCUAGGGGUAGAGAAGCCCAGAAGUGGGACACUGGAGAAAUGCAACCUUGGUUCUUCAUUCCCCUCUGCAUCUCCCUCCCCUGUCUGAACAGCUGCAGCCAGCUCCUUGCCCCUCCUCCCUCUCUGCUGCUCCCAGCAUGGAUUCUCUCUCUCCUUUGGGUACUUCAGGGCAGGCUUCUGGCUAUGUUUUUUCCCCUGUGUCAUUCAGGCCUGGGUAGGGAGGUACAGGGCAGGGGUAGGGCACUGAGGGAUGGCUCUGGGGGGAGGUUUUUUGGAUGAUGCUGGCCAGGCUGGAGAAGUGGGCCCAGGAUGGAGAAGUGGGCCAGAGAUGGAGAACUGGGCCUAGGCUGGAGAACUGGGAGAGAGAUGGAGAAGUGGGACAGAGAUGGAGAACUGGGCCUAAGAUGGAGAACUGGGACAGAGAUGGAGAACUGGGCCUAGGAUGGAGAACUGGGACAGAGAUGGAGAACUGGGAGAAAGAUGGAGAACUGGGCCUAGGAUGGAGAACUGGGCUUAGGAUGGAGAACUGGGACAAGGAUGGAGAAUUGGGCCAAGGAUGGAGAACUGGGACAGAGAUGUAGAACUGGGCCUAGGAUGGAAAACUGGGCCAGAGAUGGAGAACUGGGCCAGAGAUGGAGAACUGGGCCAGAGAUGGAGAUGACUGUGUACUUGGUGUGUUGCUGCACUGCUGCACACAGCUGUGAACAGCUCUGCCAUUUCCAUCCCAGCUCUUUCCAA